UGAAGCUGCGCUCGCCUGGACGCGACCCCUCGCCGCUCGGCAGCAGGAGCAGGAGCAGAAGUAGACACGGACAGGCAGCUCCCCGCCGCCGCCGCGCACACGCGCCCGGGCGCAGGCUUCAAGGAGAGACGAAGUGGACGGGUGAAGUGCGAAAAGCAAGGUGACUCUGCUUUCGGUCUGGUUCUCAUCUGGGGGGGCCCUGGCAGUGCAGCCCCCCCAAACUUCACUUUUCUGAAACACGGCUCUAGCCAACCUGCUUCGCUGUUUCACUUGCGACCGCCUGUGCGGGGGCUGCACAGCGCCGGCUCCCCCCCCUCGACAGGGCAUUGCUCUCCAGCCUGUCAUGCCCAGCUGUGAGCCAGCGCCACCCGCCGCCUGCCUCCCUACCAAGACCUUCCGCAGUUACCUGCCCCGGUGCCAUCGAACAUACAGCUGUGUUCACUGCCGGGCACAUCUGGCCAAGCACGAUGAGCUCAUCUCCAAGUCUUUCCAGGGAAGUCAUGGUCGCGCCUAUCUUUUCAAUUCUGUGGUUAAUGUGGGCUGUGGUCCGGCCGAACAACGCCUCUUGCUCACCGGUCUCCAUUCAGUCGCUGACAUUUUCUGCGAAAGCUGCAAGACAACACUGGGCUGGAAAUACGAACAAGCCUUCGAGACCAGCCAGAAGUACAAAGAAGGGAAGUACAUUAUUGAGAUGUCACACAUGGUGAAGGACAACGGCUGGGACUGAGGGGGACUCUGGGCACACACCCUCCUGCGUAGCAUGCCUUGCCCUUUCCCAACCCCACAUCCGCAGCUGGCAUCCCGGCACAAUCAACCCGCCCCACCCUCCACCCCCAGCCCUCCUGCAUAGCAUCACCUGUGGGAGUGGAGAUACCAGGACCCUUCUCCCAAACCUCUUGUACUUUCUAAGAAGGCUGGAUUCGCAGAGAGGAGGACCCCACCCCUGCCCUUACAGCAGAAGGGGAAGCUCAGAGGGUUCAGUGGACAGUGCUGGGGGUGUUGGAUUGGAUUCCACGUGAUCUAUAUGCUGCCCUCCCCCCCGACAGCGCCUUUCGGGCGGAGCAAGCGGUGGCAUCCAGAACCGCAGGCAGGUUUUGCACUUCUGCAGUCCUUUGCGUAAGACAGAAGCAGUCCUUCCUGGAACAGGACAGAAAGGGCUGUGGGGCACAGGGCAAGGGAGGUGCCAUGACUUAGCGGCAAGCGUUGCAUGAAGGAGGUUCUAGGUUCAAUCUCUGGGAUCUGCAGUUGUGUGGUUUUUUUUU